GAGUUCCCAGUCUCCCCGCGGCAAGCUUCAGAGCCCCAAGGAGCGGGAACGGGGAUUCCCUCAGCGCAGACUCCGGGUGCAGCUCCUGAGCACAAAGGCCACACCCUCACAGGCCAGGCAUCGAGGGGAUAGAGCAUUGGCUUCUGCCGAAUUACCUGGAUACCUGAGGUACCCAAGCAAGGACAGGAAUAAUGAAGAGACACGUGUGUUAGUUACAACCUUUUGAACCAAGCAAGGAGGAAAUCAACAGUGUGGACAGGGCUGGAACCGUUGCCACGCUUGCUUGUUGGAGUGAAUGAGGAAUGGGCUUGUGAUUAUGCUGACAUUUCAGCAUGAAUCUGGUAGACCUGUGGUUAACCCGUUCCCUCUCCAUGUGUCUCCUCCUACAAAGUUUUGUUCUUAUGAUACUGUGCUUUCAUUCUGCCAGUAUGUGUCCCAAGGGCUGUCUCUGUUCUUCCUCUGGGGGUUUAAAUGUCACCUGUAGCAAUGCAAAUCUCAAGGAAAUACCUAGAGAUCUUCCUCCUGAAACAGUCUUAUUGUAUCUGGACUCCAAUCAGAUCACCUCUAUCCCCAACGAGAUUUUUAAGGACCUUCAUCAACUGAGAGUUCUCAACUUGUCCAAAAACGGCAUUGAGUUUAUCGAUGAGCAUGCCUUCAAAGGCGUGGCUGAAACUUUGCAGACUCUGGACUUGUCUGACAACCGGAUUCAAAGUGUGCACAAAAAUGCCUUCAAUAACCUGAAGGCCAGGGCCAGAAUUGCCAACAAUCCUUGGCACUGCGACUGUACUCUACAGCAAGUUCUGAGGAGCAUGGCAUCCAACCACGAAACAGCCCACAACGUGAUCUGUAAGACUUCUGUGUUGGACGAGCACGCCGGGAGACCAUUCCUCAAUGCUGCCAAUGACGCUGACCUCUGUAACCUCCCUAAAAAGACUACUGACUAUGCCAUGCUGGUCACCAUGUUUGGCUGGUUCACCAUGGUGAUCUCCUAUGUGGUAUAUUACGUGAGGCAAAAUCAGGAGGAUGCCCGGAGACACCUGGAAUACUUGAAAUCCCUGCCGAGCAGGCAGAAGAAAGCAGAUGAGCCUGACGACAUUAGCACUGUGGUAUAGCGUCCGAGCCGACCAGCGCCGAGAAAGAAAUUUGUUGGCAGUUGCGAUAGAUAAGUGGUUUACUUCUCCCAUCCAUUGUAAACAUUUAAAACUUUGUAUAUCCAUUUCUUUUGACUUAUGCCACUGUUGAACUUUUAACAAACAUGACAACAUAACGAAUCAUUUUAGUUUAGGUGACCCACCCCUUCCUUGUACCCCCAGUGGUAUAUUCCUUGAGUAAGCUACUCUCUGAACAUAAGUUAGAUCCAUCUCACUAUUUAAUAAUGAAAUUUAUUUUUUUAAUUUAAAACCAAAUAAAAGCUUAACUUUGAACCAUGGAAAAC